CCCGGGCCGCCACCCCCGUCCCCGCACCUGGACGCGGGCGCCGUGGCCGCGUCCCCGCCGCCAUCGCUCGCCCCGCCGGACGCCACGGGCGCCAGAGGGGGCCGCCGCUCUCCAUGGGGCUGAGCGGCUGGCUGAGGAGCGUGUGCUGCUGCUGCUGCCCGUGCCAGUGCCUGGAGGAGCCCGCUCUGCCCGAGAAGGAGCCCCUGGUCCGUGGCAACAAUCCGUAUUCUUCAUUUGGAGCAACUCUAGCAAGGGAUGAUGAGAAGAACUUGUGGAGUCUGCCUCAUGACGCGUCGCACACAGAGGCUGACGACGAUAGAAUCCUGUACAACUUGAUAGUCAUUCGUAAUCAGCAGGUCAAGGACUCCGAGGAGUGGCAGAAACUCAACUAUGACAUCUAUUCCUUGCGGCAGAUUCGAAGGGAAGUGAGAAACAGGUGGAAACGCAUUUUAGAAGACUUGGGUUUUCAAAAGGAAGCAGACUCUCUGUUGUCUGUGACCAAACUCAGCACCCUCAGUGAUUCCAAAAACACCAGGAAGGCUCGAGAGAUGCUGUUAAAACUAGCUGAAGAGACCAACAUUUUCCCAACCAGUUGGGAACUCUCAGAAAGAUACCUCUUUGUUGUGGACCGUCUCAUUACUCUUGAUGCUGCAGAAGAAUUCUUUAAAAUUGCCAUUCAGGCUUACCCCAAGAACCCUGGAGUCCCCUGCCUGGCAGACGGCCGGAAAGAAAUGCACUACUGUCCAUUUCCAAGUCCCUAAAGGAAUGCUCAGAGGCAGAAUGGCAGUUCUUCCUUUGGGAUUCAACAGCCACA